GUCCAUGUACAAUUUGACCCCAUAGGAGCAAAGCGAGAAAUCUUUUUCUCCAUUUUCAUUGUUCUUCUGCCAGACCAGUAGUCUGUGCGCAUGUACGGCUUAGAUGAUGUUAUCGGGGACUGCUUUUGAUCCAAGCCGUCAAAACCAUUCCUUGAGCGAGUGAUGCGCAGUGAUCUCGAGAGCUACACGCCAUACCUAUGCACAAACCGGAAUUUGUAGCUUCAGUUUGAUAUAAUGGCGCAUCCACUUAGAGAAGUCGAAGACAAAAACCCUAAUUCCUCCUCUAGUGUUGCUCAGAACCAGGAAACGAACCCAAAUUCUUCAUCUUCUUCCUCCCAAGGAACUGUUCAAUCUCAUCAAAACCAGUUGAAGAACAAGAGCUUCUCCAUUCUAUCCUCGCCUUCGCUUAUUGGUCUUGCCAUCGCUGUUCCAUUCGUUGCCCUAAUCCUCAGUAUCUCAGAGAAGCCAUUGAUACCUGAUAAGCUUUGGACUGAAACUGAGCUGGAUAGGUACAACGGAACAGAUGAUGGAUUGCCUAUCCUUUUAGGAAUUCUAGGCACUGUGUUCGAUGUGACAAAAAGAAGAGACCAUUAUGGAUCAGGAGGGGGUUACCAUCAUUUUGCAGGAAGGGAUGCAUCUCGUGCAUUUGUUUCUGGAAACUUUACAGGGGAUGGUCUAACUGACUCAGUGAAGGGCUUGUCCAAUGUGGAGGUGAAAAGUAUAGUGGACUGGCGAGAUUUCUACUUGAGAAACUACAAAUGCGUUGGUAAAUUAAUUGGUCGCUACUAUAAUGGCAAUGGUGAACCAACAAAAUUGUUGAAGGGAGUUGAAGCAAGGGCAGCUCGUGGGGCCCAACUCUUAGAGAAACAGAAGGCUGAAGAGGCCAAACUACCGAGCUGCAAUUCUCAAUGGAGUCAACAGGAAGGGGGAAAGGUCUGGUGUGAAUCUGGAUACCCGAGAUUAGUUCAAAAGCCGGGAGAAAUAGCUUUGACAGGACGAAUGAGCCAGAGAUGUGCUUGCUUUAAGGAAGAGGAGCUGGAGAAGCCUGGGUUAGAGGUUUAUAAGGGAUGUGACCGGUUGUCAAAGGUGUGUGUGGUUUGAUGGCCUCAAGUGUCUCUCUCUCUCUAGGCCAAUAUAAAUUAAAUCACCUCAAGGCCAUUGUUAUUAAACCUCCCUCUCCCUCUCUCUUCUCUCUCUCUCUCUCUCUCUCUCUCUCAUUUUAUAAGUCUAUCUGCAAGCCAUUAUAAGUCUAGCUCUCUCUCUCUCUCAUUUUAUAAGUCUAUCUGCAAGCCAUUAUAAGUCUAGCUCUCACUCAUUCAAGAUACACAUGAUGUUCAACAUUUCAGAACCACUUUCUUUAGGGGGUCUUGUGCAUUCUUCCUAUUGUAUUUAAAGUCAGAUUUUAGGAUUUCCUUACCAGGAUGUAUUUCAAAUGGAGACAUGGAUUAAUUUGUAAUUUAAGAGGUUUGCAUAAUUUCUUAA